AGAAAAAGAAAUUUGGAUCCAAAAAGUUGAAAGAUUCUUCUUGUUUUUUUAAUUUUCUCUUACUUUCUCACUUCCCAAACACUCUCCUUCCUCUUUAGCACUAGCAUUGCUCUUGGUCACUUUCAAUCCUCAAAUAUCCGUCAAAGCUCAAAGCAAAGAAAAUCGAAAAAAAACCAACUUUUUGUUUGUUUUUUUAGUUUGGUUGAAAUUUUAGGUUUAAGCCAAUGGGAGCUCGUUGCUCCAAACUAUCACUUUGCUGGUGGCCGUCAAAUAUCAAGUCAAACCUUAAGGACUCUUCCGAUCUCGAGAAUGGGAAGGAAGCGUUACCUGGAUUCAGCGAGUACAGCUUGGAACAAUUAAGAGCUGCCACCUCAGGUUUCUGUACAGACAACAUUGUAUCGGAGCAUGGAGAGAAAGCUCCGAAUGUAGUUUACCGAGGGACGCUCGACGAGGAUCUUUUCAUCGCCGUUAAACGCUUCAAUAGAUCGGCUUGGCCUGAUCCUCGACAGUUCCUUGAGGAAGCGAGGGCGGUUGGACAGUUAAGAAGCGAGCGAUUGGCCAAUUUGAUUGGUUGUUGCUAUGAAGGAGAUGAAAGAUUGUUAGUUGCUGAGUUUAUGCCUAAUGAAACUCUCUCUAAGCAUCUUUUUCACUGGGAGAAUCAGCAUAUGAAAUGGGCGAUGAGGCUGAGAGUGGCGCUAUAUCUAGCGCAAGCGCUUGAAUAUUGCAGUAGUAGAGGGAGGGCUUUAUACCAUGACCUUAAUGCUUAUAGAAUCUUGUUUGAUCAGGACUGUAAUCCCAGACUCUCUAGCUUUGGCCUUAUGAAGAAUAGCAGAGAUGGAAAAAGUUACAGUACAAACUUGGCUUUCACCCCUCCGGAGUACCUAAGGACGGGAAGGGUUAUUCCGGAGAGUGUGGUUUACAGUUUUGGCACCCUAUUACUUGAUCUUCUCAGCGGCAAGCAUAUACCACCAAGCCAUGCACUUGACCUAAUACGUGGAAAAAACUUUCUGAUGCUAAUGGACUCAUGUCUGGAGGGUCAUUUUUCAAAUGACGAUGGAACUGAAUUAGUGCGACUAGCUUCACGCUGUCUGCAAUAUGAACCUCGUCAGAGGCCAAAUGUAAAGUCUCUUGUAACUGCUCUUACUCCGCUUCAGAAGGAAACUGAGGUUCCAUCACAUGUUUUGAUGGGCAUUCCACAUGGAACAGCAUCCUCAAAGCAAACAAUGUUACUAACGCCUUUGGGAGAAGCAUGCUCAAGAAUGGAUCUUACCGCAAUACAUGAACUUUUAGAGAAAAUAGGAUACAAAGAUGACGAGGGAAUUGCAAAUGAGCUUUCUUUCCAAAUGUGGACAGAUCAGAUACAGGAGACUCUGAAUUCAAAAAAGCGUGGGGAUACUGCUUUCCGAGUAAAAGACUUUGGAACAGCCAUUGAAUGUUACACUCAUUUUAUUGAUGGUGGGACGAUGGUAUCACCAACUGUGUUUGCCAGACGCGGCUUAUGCUACUUGAUAAAUGACAUGCCACAAGAAGCGCUUGGUGAUGCAAUGCAAGCCCAGGUAAUAUCUCCUGAGUGGCCCACAGCAUUCUAUCUCCAAGCAGCUGCUCUGUUUAUCCUUGGGAUGGACAACGAUGGGCAGGAAACCCUCAAAGAUGGUACAAACUUGGAAGCCAAAAAACAUAGAAACUAAAAGUGUAUAGCCCUUUUUUUUUCCUUUCACUUUUUAAAUAUAUCUUCCUGUCUUAUUUCCCCCUUUCGCAUUAUUUAUGUUUCCUCAGCACCACAGAGUAAUUGUAACCUUUAAUAUUCUGGUUAUGGUGUUUGUUCUCUUUUAUUCUCAUCCUGAACACUAUAUUUUAAGAUGAUAGCAAGAAUGAAAUUUUCAUUUUUGAGUUUGACAUCAAGAAGAUCUACCUAUCAAUCAUGUGCCCCUAUAUAUACAGAUUGA